UUAAAUCAUCCUUUUGUUUCAUAUCCCGUCUGCACCAAUGGUCCAAAUGUCAGUGCGUCGCCUUUUUCUGACACAACACGAUUUUGUUACGUAUCAUCGCGCUUUCGUAUGUGUGUGUACGGAAAUGCUUUAAGUUAUCUUUUCUAGUGGCUGUACGACGUAUAGCUGCGGAUCACGUAGACUACACCACACAUAUGCUGCUGGCUAAUGGCUAAUGGAAACUUCAAAGAGACAACGCCUCAGAACCCGAAUUCUGGACUCAUCUAAAUAUAUUAAAUAUAUUUCACUGUUUAAAAUGAAACGUGUGUAAUGCAUGAAUUGACGUAAUAAGCGCCCAUUCUGCUCUUCAAAUUUAACAUCAAAAACCUUUUGUCCAGUAACGUCCAUCGUUAAUGACAUCGAUUAGUCAUCCGGCUCCGCGCUGAUGAAAGUAACUCAUAUCACGUGACAGUGACGUCUCUGCUUAUACACAGUGCAGAAAAAAUUAAUACGUCAUAAUUUACCAAAUCCUUACAAACUCCUGUUUAUCGUUCAAUUAAAAACUCAUCUUACUUCUUUUAGUAGCCUAAUAAUAUGACAUAAAUAAAAUGCACUCCCGAUAAUUAGCCAUUAUUAGACAUUGUUCAUGAACUAUGGUAACAGUAAAUUAUGUUAAUAAUUGUAUUAGUUGUAACGUCUGUAGAGAAUAAACACUCAAGACACACACACACAUACUACUGUUGCACAGAGACCAGGUUUACUCAACAGUGAAUAAUACUCUACACACACUGCAUGAGGAUCUGUCAUUCACAACUAGACCUUCUUUGCUAAUAUGCAACGUUGUUUUGAGCGCGGUGUUCUGCUUCUGAGAGAUGUCAGACGUCCUCGCCAUUAUUCACAUAUUCUCAGGAUCAUGCGACCUGAUGAUGCCAACAUUGUUGGAAAUGUUCAUGGUGGUACAAUCCUGAAGAUGAUCGAGGAGGCCGGGUGCAUCAUUGGGACGCGCCACUGCAACACUCAGACAAGGGAUCGCUGCGUAGCGGCUCUGGCCCGGGUGGAGCGCACUGACUUUCUUCAUCCCAUGUUCAUUGGUGACGUGGCUCACGUGAGCGCGGAGAUAACCUACACGUCCAAGCGCUCGGUGGAGGUGCAGGUCACCGUUCUGUCCGAGAACAUAGUCACAGGAAGCAAAAAAGUGACCAACAAGGCAACACUGUGGUAUGUGCCUCUCUCUCUUCAAAAUGUCGACAAAAUCAUUGAAGUUCCUCCUAUCCAGUACUCCAGUACAGAACAGGAGGAAUCAAGUAAAAAGAGAUAUGAGGCUCAAAAACUGGAGCGACUGGAGACAAAAGAGAGGAACGGUGAUGUCAUCACACCUGUGUCUCUUCCAGAGAGACACACUAAAGAGCCCUACACCGUUGGAUUUAGUCAGUCGAGUCUGAUUCAUCUCAUCGGCCCGUCAGAUUGUACCCUGCUCGGAUUCGUACAUGGAGGUGUCACCAUGAAGCUGAUGGAUGAGGUGGCCGGGAUCGUAGCUGUCCGACACUGCAAGACAAACAUCGUGACGGCAUCUGUGGACGCCAUCAACUUCCACCGCAAGAUCAAGAAAGGCUGUGUGAUCACCGUCUCUGGACGAAUGACCUUCACCAGUAAUAAAUCAAUGGAGAUCGAGGUUUUGGUGGACGCUGAUUCACUGGUGGAGGCUGAGAAGGGCAAAUAUCGCUGUGUCACAGCGUUCUUCACUUACAUCUCCCUGGACAAGGACAACAAGCCGCUGGCUGUCCCGCCUCUGAAGUUGGAUGGUGAGGAGGAGCAGGAGCGUUUUGAAGAAGGAAAUGCCCGUUACCUGCAGAACAAAGCAAAGAGACUCGCACAUCAAGAUUGACCGCAAUGACUUUCAUCAUCAUGCAGAUCAACCUCUCGCUCUCUUCCCCUACAUGUAGCCCACUUUAUGGAAGUUUUGCUUUACUUGAACUCAUUUCUUUUAUUGUCAGUAUACCAAAGCACUAUGUAUGUAUCUGUAUGUCACAUGAAACACAAAUAUGUAUGUAUUUUUGAUCUGAAGUGAUGGGCACAACUGAACUGUGUUGUACACAAAUAAAACGGUUCAAUGACAAUGACAUAUUUGGAUGGUUUCAUAACCAUUGUUGCGUUGAUAUUUUUCUAGUUUUCAUUUGCAGUCAUGUCAAAAGUAGCCCAUACUAGGACAAGUGUGUGCAUUUAUUUUGGGUUCAGCUCUGUUCUCGUAUGUUUUUUUUUCAGCUGGGACGACACGUCAUGUGACAGAGGGGAGGCAGUGACAUCAUCUUUAUUGCUAAAGGCAUUCUGCUUGUACCAUAAACAAACUGCACAUUGGUUGUGAUUGAAAUAUGAAAUAGGUCAAAUGUAACAUUACACGCAGUGUUGUACUUUAAAGCAGCGUUGUGCGUGGAUUUAAAGGACUUUUAUAUAGAUUCUGAAUGAUCAUUGAUAAUUUAUGACAUGUUGAUAUGGACAGAUGUGUUAGUGAUGUCCUCAAUUCAUUGAAACCAUUAGAUAUGAGGUGUAUGUACACAUUGGAGAAAUUUUUUUUUUUGACAGAAAUGAAGGCAUAUGACAUAUGGGCUUUAGUCUAAUAUACAAACAAAAAGCAGAAAGUAAAUAAAGCAGAUGUAUUUUGUUGUUUUUUCUGCACCUAUGGCAUGUGUAUACUGUCUGUUUUCUGAAUAAAGAUGAGACGGGAGACGAAA